AUGGACACGGAACGACCGUCGAAGGUACGAUCGCCGCUUCUACACGUAUCGCCCAUGUUGGCAGUCCUCGUCACCCAGGGACUUUUCGACGCUAUCAUUGCGUAUCAGAAUGGAAUUUACCUGGACCUGCGCCCAUUCGUGGGCUUGACGGAUGCGUUGGGGCCUCUCGGUGAUCUUCUCAAGCGCACUGCUUCUGAAGGGAUUGACCAUUGGGAUGGCAUCACGAUUGUCGCUGAAUCAUUUGCCCCCCUUGGUCAAGUCAUGUCGGGGUGGUACAAGGCCAACGGAUCUGCCCGCAUGCUCAAGCUAUUAGCUUGUUUCCCGCAACUGCGAGACCUUGUCAUUGCGCACGCUGUGGUCAAUGGAAACCUUCCACUAUUGAGCUUGCUACCACUCGAGAUCUUGCGUGCAGUGCCAUACACGUUGCUCGAUUUGGCAGCUUGGGACGGCCACCUGAAUGUCCUCGAGUUCCUUCAUUCUGUUGUGGGCCACGAAGGAUGUACUACUUGGGGAAUGAACCUUGCUGCUCGUUAUGGCCACCUCGACGUUGUUCGCUACCUCCAUGAGCGCAGAAGCGAAGGAUGCUCAGACUGGGAAUGGACAUGUGGAAGUUGAAGUCAUCAAAAAGAUGCGUUUGAGACCAGCCUUUAUGGAAAUAUUCAGUCCUUUACAGUUAAUGGAAUGCGUCUGGUAACCGGAA